AUGGUCAAUGCACUUCCACAUAACCUUCUUAGAAGAGCCAUCGCCUUUAAACAAUGUCCAGAUGAAUCAAUGUCCCCACCAACCUUACUCCAAAUAACACUUACACCCGAAGUUCCCGGAAAAUUUGCGAGAGAUAUCACCGAAAGUACCGAAAUUACGAUUGAAUUUUAUGAUAACGGUCAAAAUCACCUAGCUAAAUUUCCUGCUUGUACUGGAAGUAGAUGUUCAAUUAAAGCUGGUGACCAGUAUACCAAAACGGUGGAAAUUCAAGCACCAGGCAGUAUACCUCAAUUGUCCUUUAUGAUUAUCUAUAUUGGUAAUCCAAAUACUAAUUUUAUAGGCUGUGCAUAUGCCAAACUUUAA